AUGGAUUACGUAGUUGGAAGUGUUGCAGCUUUAGUAUCUGGUAAUGUGACGCCAAGUAGGCCAAAAUUAUUAAAAAGAGCAUUAACUCCUACCAAACACCAGCCAUCACCUAACGUCACCCCAAGGAGUGAAUACGUUGAUGACCGUUCCAUAUUCUUGUCUCCAACUUUACAGAAAAAGAAAGCGAUAGUAAAGAAAUCGCCAAAACGAAUAUUUCAGAAUCCAGACUUAGAUACGACAGUUGAAGAAGGUAAUAGCAAUUUAGCCAACCUAGUUGUUGAUAAAGCAAAGAAACAUUUAAAAGAACAGCUAGAAACUGAUGGUCAACACACUAUGAAAAUGAAGAGUCCCAAAUCUCCUAAGGAAACACCAGAUGCUAACGCAAUCUCAGAAAAUAUACAAAAUAGUAAUAAACCUUUAAAAAAGAAGAAAAGACGACAGUCCAAAGCUCAAGAAAGUAGUACGGAAACCCUUGUAACAAGUGAAGAUAAAGGAUCAAAAGAUGAUCCAAUGAACAUAUCUUCAAAGAAGGCAACAUCUAAUGACAAAGAGAGUACUAAUAAAUUAGAAGUUAUUGAAACUGACUCCAAAGAAAAUGUUACAGAAAUCAUAAAAACUAAAAAUAAUAAAAAACACAAAAAGAAAAAAAAUAAGGCAAAGGUAGAAUUGGGAAGUGAGAAUACAGAACAUGUAGAUAGAGAAAUACAAAUAGAAAAAAGGAAAUCAGAAAUAAAUAUGCCUGCGGCCAAUGAUGAAAUGAUAGUUAAUCCAAAUGCAAUUACUGCCCAAGAUACAGAUUCUGAGCAUGAAUCAGAUCAUGAAAUACAAUCAGAGGAUGAACAUAAAGAAUCACUUGACACAGGGCCAGCUGACAGUUCUGAUGAUGAAGAAAAAGCGCCAGAAAAAAAGGGGAAAAAUAAGAAGGCAAAAGAAACUAAGACAGAUAAAGCAAACAUACCUCAAGAAGAGAGUGAAGAUGAAUAUGGAGAUAUUGACACUGUAAGAAUUCGUGCUGUGCCAGUAAAGGAUGCAACUAUGACUCCAAAACUUGCAAUUAUCAAGAAUGAAUUGCACCCUGAAAGGACAACCGUUAAUGUCUAUGUCAAAUAUCAGAAGCCUGAGUCUGUUGAAAAGGCUUUGUCUGCAAACAACACUGUACUAGAUGGUCACCACCUACGAGUGACUCGAAGUGAUAUAACUGGUACAUUGGAUACCAAGUGUUCUAUAUUCAUUGGUAAUUUGCCUUUUGCUAUAGAAGAUGAAACGUUAAGAGCCAAGUUUGAGAAGUGUGGAGAAAUAGAAUCAGUUCGGAUUGUGAGGGAUGAGAAGACUGGUGCUGGAAAAGGAUUUGGCUAUGUUAAUUUUAAAUCAAAGGAUGCAGUAGAGUUAGCGUUAGCUCUCUCCGAAGAAGAUCUUACUAUAAAAAAUAGAAUCCUCAGAGUAAAUAGGUGCCUUCAAAUACAUAGCAAGAAAAGUGCAAACAAAAAUAACAGGGACAACAGAAACAGUGGAAACCGAAACGUUGGAAAUAACAGAAAUGGUGGAUACAACCGAAAUGAUGGCAACUACAGAAAUGGUGGAAAUAACAGGAUUGCUGGUAAUAAUAGAAACAGUGGGUUUGAUAGAAAUGGCGGUAACAGAAACUUUGGAAAUAGAAAUUUUGAUAAUGGAAAUCGAGGGUUUAACAGAAACGCACCGGGCAAGUUUGACAGAAAUAAUGGCCAGGAACAAGAUGGUGCUUUUAGAAGAUUAGCAAAUAAAAGAAAGAAUCAGGAUGAAAGUGAAGGACCAGCUAAUAAGCUCGGUAAGAAAGAGAGGAAGGAAUUUGUUGGAAGAACUGCAGAAAAGAAGAAGAAAGGAAAAUUCAACAAAGGUCAAAAGAAGAAGAAAGCGCUUAGUGAGAUUUUAACUAAGUAA